AUGGAGGGGUUCAUCGGUUCCAGCGUUUGCCGGGGCGUCCGGUCGUGUUGGGCGCGCCGAGGGAGCUGCAACGGCUACCAGCGGCUCCCGCGGGCGGCACCGACGACGACGCCAGGCAGAGGGACCAGGCUCGGACGGCGGACGGUCCUCGGCUCGGCGGCCUGGAGCAGGUUCGGCCGGCUACGACGACGACGCCAAACUAGCACGCCGCCACGGUGGUCGUCGCCGCUGCAGCUGCUCAACCGGAUCCUCGACACGUACAUCGCCUCCAUGCUCUCGCAGCCACUGAACAUCUUGAAAGCAGGCGUGUCCUCGGCAGCAGCGGCCGCGCCGGUGGCGGCGGUGCGGUCGCCUUCGUCGUCACCGCCGAAGCUGCGUCGUGAUGCUUCGCCGGGGUCGGAGUCGAGGCGCCGCGAUGCCGCCGGCGGGAGAGGCGUCAUGCUCAAUAUCUGCGUGGCGGAGGUGCUCCUGCGGCGGACCACGUCGGAGGUCAGGCGCUCGCCGUUGCAGCAGCAGCAGCAGCCAACGAAGGACGCGCGCCGCAGCAGCGUCCGUGCAUAG